CUAGACAUGUUCAGCUUUGUGGACCUCCGGCUCCUGCUCCUCUUAGCGGCCACCGCCCUCCUGACACAUGGCCAAGAGGAGGAAGUCGUGGACCAAGACAGAGACAUCCCAGGCAUUGAGUGCGUCCACGAUGGCCGCAGGAUCGCCAGUGGAGACACGUGGAAACCCGACCCCUGCCAACUCUGCAUCUGCGCCAAUGGCACGGCACUGUGCGACGAGAUGACCUGUGAGGACUCUUCCAACUGUCCCGGCGCCCAAAUCCCAGCCGGCGAGUGCUGUCCCAGAUGCCCCGAUGGCCCAGAAUCAGAUCCGAACGUGGGAGACUCCGGAGUCGAGGGACCCAAGGGAGACACUGGCCCCCGAGGCCCUAGGGGACCCGCCGGCCCCCCUGGACGAGAUGGCAUCCCUGGACAGCCCGGACUUCCUGGGCCCCCUGGCCCUCCUGGACCCCCCGGCCCCCCUGGCCUUGGUGGAAACUUUGCCCCCCAGAUGUCUUAUGGUUACGAUGAGAAAUCAGUUGGAGCUGCCGUGCCUGGCCCCAUGGGUCCCUCAGGUCCUCGUGGUCUCCCUGGCCCUCCUGGCUCACCUGGUCCCCAAGGUUUCCAAGGCCCCCCCGGUGAGCCCGGCGAGCCUGGAGCUUCGGGUCCCAUGGGUCCCCGAGGUCCUCCUGGCCCUCCUGGCAAGAACGGUGAUGAUGGAGAAGCUGGCAAGCCUGGUCGUCCUGGCGAGCGUGGACCUCCUGGGCCUCAGGGUGCUCGGGGAUUGCCCGGAACAGCUGGCCUUCCUGGAAUGAAGGGACACAGGGGUUUCAGUGGUCUGGAUGGCGCCAAGGGAGAUGCUGGUCCUGCUGGUCCCAAGGGGGAGCCCGGCAGCCCCGGUGAGAAUGGAGCUCCGGGCCAGAUGGGCCCCCGUGGUCUGCCCGGUGAGAGAGGCCGCCCUGGAGCCCCUGGCCCUGCUGGUGCUCGCGGAAAUGAUGGUGCUACUGGUGCUGCGGGCCCCCCUGGUCCCACCGGCCCCGCUGGUCCUCCUGGCUUCCCCGGUGCUGUUGGUGCUAAGGGUGAAUCUGGUCCCCAAGGAGCCCGAGGCUCUGAAGGUCCCCAGGGUGCUCGUGGUGAGCCUGGCCCCCCUGGCCCUGCUGGUGCUGCUGGUCCUGCUGGAAACCCUGGUGCUGACGGACAACCUGGUGCUAAAGGUGCCAAUGGCGCUCCUGGCAUUGCUGGCGCUCCUGGCUUCCCCGGUGCCCGAGGCCCCUCUGGACCCCAGGGCCCCAGCGGCGCUCCCGGUCCCAAGGGUAACAGCGGUGAACCUGGCGCUCCCGGAAACAAAGGAGACACUGGUGCCAAAGGAGAACCUGGCCCCGUUGGUGUUCAAGGUCCCCCUGGCCCUGCUGGGGAAGAAGGAAAGCGUGGAGCCCGAGGUGAACCUGGACCUGCUGGCCUGCCCGGCCCCCCUGGCGAGCGUGGUGGACCUGGCAGCCGUGGCUUCCCUGGUGCAGACGGUGUGGCUGGUCCCAAGGGACCCGCUGGUGAACGUGGUGCUCCCGGCCCUGCUGGCCCCAAAGGCUCCCCCGGUGAAGCUGGACGCCCUGGUGAAGCUGGCCUGCCUGGUGCCAAGGGUCUCACUGGAAGCCCUGGCAGCCCAGGUCCUGAUGGCAAAUCUGGCCCCCCUGGUCCCGCUGGUCAAGAUGGCCGUCCUGGGCCCCCCGGCCCCCCCGGUGCCCGUGGUCAGGCUGGCGUGAUGGGAUUUCCUGGACCUAAAGGUGCUGCUGGAGAGCCCGGUAAAGCUGGAGAACGGGGCGUGCCCGGACCCCCUGGCUCUGUUGGUGCCCCUGGCAAAGAUGGCGAAGCUGGAGCCCAGGGAGCCCCCGGCCCUGCUGGUCCCGCUGGAGAAAGAGGAGAACAAGGCCCUGCCGGCUCCCCCGGGUUCCAGGGUCUCCCUGGCCCCGCUGGUCCUCCCGGUGAAGCAGGCAAAACUGGUGAACAGGGCCCUCCCGGUGACCUCGGUGCCCCAGGCCCCUCUGGAGCAAGAGGCGAGAGAGGCUUCCCUGGCGAGCGCGGUGUGCAAGGUCCCCCUGGUCCUGCCGGUCCCCGCGGAUCCAACGGUGCUCCUGGCAACGACGGUGCCAAGGGUGAUGCUGGUAACCCCGGAGCUCCCGGUAGCCAGGGUGCCCCUGGCCUUCAGGGAAUGCCUGGUGAACGUGGCGCAGCUGGUCUUCCAGGUCCUAAGGGUGACAGAGGUGAUGCCGGUCCCAAAGGUGCUGACGGUACCCCUGGCAAAGAUGGUCCCCGUGGUCUGACCGGCCCCAUUGGUCCUCCUGGCCCCGCUGGUGCCCCUGGUGACAAGGGUGAAUCUGGUCCCAGUGGCCCUGCUGGUCCCACCGGAGCCCGAGGCGCCCAAGGAGACCGUGGUGAGCCUGGUCCCCCCGGCCCUGCUGGCUUCGCUGGCCCCCCUGGUGCUGAUGGCCAACCUGGUGCUAAAGGCGAACCCGGUGACGCUGGUGCUAAAGGCGAUGCUGGUCCUCCCGGCCCCGCUGGCCCCGCUGGACCUCCCGGCCCCAUUGGUAACGUUGGUGCUCCUGGACCCAAAGGUGCUCGCGGCAGUGCUGGUCCCCCUGGUGCUACUGGUUUCCCUGGUGCUGCUGGCCGAGUUGGUCCCCCCGGCCCCUCCGGAAAUGCUGGUCCCCCUGGCCCUCCUGGACCUGGUGGCAAAGAAGGUGCCAAAGGUGUCCGAGGUGAGACUGGCCCUGCUGGACGCCCCGGUGAAGCUGGUCCCCCUGGUCCCCCUGGCCCUGCUGGAGAGAAAGGAUCCCCUGGUGCUGAUGGACCUGCUGGUGCCCCCGGAACCCCCGGACCUCAGGGUAUUGCUGGACAGCGUGGCGUGGUUGGCCUGCCCGGACAGAGAGGAGAAAGAGGCUUCCCCGGCCUUCCCGGCCCCUCUGGUGAGCCUGGCAAACAAGGUCCUUCUGGAUCAAGCGGCGAACGUGGACCCCCCGGCCCCGUGGGCCCCCCUGGUCUGGCUGGCCCUCCUGGUGAAUCUGGACGCGAGGGCUCCCCUGGCGCUGAAGGCUCUCCCGGACGAGACGGCUCUCCCGGCCCCAAGGGUGACCGUGGUGAGACCGGCCCUGCUGGACCCCCCGGUGCUCCUGGUGCCCCCGGUGCCCCCGGCCCUGUCGGCCCUGCUGGCAAGAAUGGCGAACGUGGUGAGACUGGUCCUGCUGGUCCUGCUGGUCCCGUUGGCCCUGCUGGUGCCCGUGGCCCCUCUGGACCCCAAGGUCCCCGUGGUGACAAGGGUGAGACAGGCGAACAGGGUGACAGAGGCAUCAAGGGUCACCGCGGCUUCUCUGGUCUCCAGGGUCCCCCCGGCCCUCCUGGCUCUCCUGGUGAACAAGGUCCCUCUGGAGCUUCUGGUCCUGCUGGUCCCCGUGGUCCUCCCGGGUCUGCCGGUUCUCCCGGCAAAGACGGACUCAACGGUCUGCCUGGCCCCAUCGGUCCUCCUGGUCCUCGCGGUCGCACUGGUGAUGCUGGUCCUGCUGGUCCCCCCGGCCCUCCUGGACCCGCUGGUCCCCCCGGUCCUCCCAGCGGCGGUUACGACUUGAGCUUCCUGCCCCAGCCACCUCAAGAGAAGUCUGGCGAUGGCCGCUACUACCGGGCCGAUGAUGCCAACGUGGUCCGUGACCGUGACCUCGAGGUGGACACCACCCUGAAGAGCCUGAGCCAGCAGAUCGAGAACAUCCGCAGCCCCGAAGGCACUCGCAAGAACCCCGCCCGCACCUGCCGCGACCUCAAGAUGUGCCACCCCGACUGGAAGAGCGGAGAAUACUGGAUCGACCCCAACCAAGGCUGCAACCUGGACGCCAUCAAGGUCUUCUGCAACAUGGAGACAGGCGAGACCUGCGUGUACCCCGUCCAGCCCACCGUGGCUCAGAAGGCCUGGUACAUCAGCAAGAACCCCAAGGAGAAGAAACACAUCUGGUACGGCGAGAGCAUGGACGGUGGAUCCCAGUUCAAAUAUGGCAGCCUGGACUCCGACCCUGCUGACGUGGCCAUCCAGAUGACCUUCCUGCGCUUGAUGUCCACCGAGGCCUCCCAGAACAUCACCUAUCACUGCAAGAACAGCGUGGCCUACCUGGACCAGCAGACCGGCAACCUCAAGAAGUCUCUGCUCCUCCAGGGCUCCAACGACAUUGAGCUCCGGGGCGAGGGCAACAGCCGCUUCACUUACGUGGCCCUGGAGGACGGCUGCACGAGUCACACGGGAGCCUGGGGCAAGACAGUCAUCGAGUACAGAACCACCAAGACCUCCCGCCUGCCCAUCAUCGAUGUGGCUCCCUUGGACAUUGGCGCCCCAGACCAGGAAUUCGGCUUUGACAUUAGCCCUGUCUGCUUCGUGUAAACCCCUUUUUUCCCACCCCCGC